UCUGUUUCCCCAUCAUUGCCAGCUGUUUCCAUGGCAACUCAGACGCAGAAGCUUGCUGAACCCAAACCAAACAGACUGAGAUAUUCGGACCGUCGCUCUGUUUACUGGCUGGAUAAGCUGCCACCUGAGAAAACUGGAUCCACCACCAAAAUUGAGUUAACCCCUCGCUGGUCGGAGCUCUGUAGAAGUAAAAAGCUCUACACUCAAGUCAUACUUUCUCCCAUAUGGGAGGUGAGUGAAUGGGCUCUCAGGGCCGUUCCCUCCAAGCGACUGUGUAGCCUAGCUCAGCCUCGGGCUCCUGCAGCUGACUGGGAGCCAGACCGUUCGCUGUUGGCCCCUCUGAGCAGAGCGACGCAGACCGCAGUCGCCUCCGCAAGGAUUUGCCAGCUCGCCCAGCCAAAGAGAAGGCAGGUCCUGGAGGGUUCUGGCACCAAAUCAAAACCUGUACCCAUGACCCACCUGCCAUGCAAAGCAUCGGCACACAUUGAGCUACUUUCCACCCCUAAGCACGACCACCCCAAGUUUGAAGGAGAGCGCUCAGUGUACUGGCCAGUCUCCAGAGGGGCGAGACAUCACGUAGCCAGCCAGAGACUUCUUGAGCUGUCCAGUCCUAAGGAGAGGAAGGCUCUGUUUGAAGGAUAUGACCCAUACAUUGUUAGUCGGGCAGCACGCUCAGCCAGCCCCUCGCCCCGGAUACAGCAACUUUGUUUGCCUCUACCUCGUAAAUGUAGCUCAAAGUAGGAGGGACGCCAAAUGUCUGGUCCCCACGGAAGUGUUGAUUGUUCCCCUUUUCCCCAGCCAAGAGUGUUACUGUGAAUAAGUUUUUUUCCAUGUAAAAUCAUGACAGAGGCCUAUUAUUUGCUGUUAUAUGAAUGUACACAUGAUUAGGAACAGUACAGCAGCACCCUACUGUGUAUGAUCUUGUUUACCUGCCUUUCUGGAUUCACCAGACCUACUGAAAACUAUGCCCCUCUGUGGUACCGAGCAAACCCUUUUGAAACAACGACCUACCAGGAUAGUUUUAGAAUAAAGCCGUUAUUACAUGAAGGUAUAAAGCUGGUUAUAGUCAUGCUGGUUUUAAGACAUCAGUCAAAAGCUGUCGAAUGCUCUCAUAAGUGCAUGACACACACCUCUGUAUCAGUUUGUGUAUAAUGUGCGCCACUGGUAAUAAUGAAUGAGACAACCUGCCUAAAUUGUGGGGAACGUCAUAGUUAGAUCAUGAUACAAAACAAACAGCAUGGGAGACAUCCUUAUUAACUACAGCUGAAAUUGCUUUGAGACAUCCUGCAGCACACAUCGUGUAGCCACACUUUUUAAUUGUUUUUUUUCUAAGUUAUUGUUAACAUGAGGCAGACAGCCAAUGAGUCAGCUCUACAGUGGCAUGUUGAAGUAUGAAUAAUACUUUUUCCAAAGGCUAAAUAAAACAAG